UUGUUUGAUUUUGAAAGAGCAGCUGAAACUGAAAUCCUCAUUCAGACUCUCCUUUGGAGUUUGUGUGUAAUGCAUGUGAUUAUCACGAAUGUAAUCAGUCGAAGGAAAGUGAAACCUUCUGAUGUUUGUCAUGGUGGAAAUUCAAAACAUGACGUUGGGAAUCGCUUCAACGAAGAAGUCAUGGAUGCACUUGAACAAAUGAUAAAGAAUUCUGUAGGUAAGUGAGACUGCACCUUGUAACACACCUUGUGUUAUCUAUGAUUGGUUCCUCUCGGCGUUAUUACUAUUUUGAAAUUCAAAUUGCAAUAAAAGCUUUUGUAUUGUUUUAAUAUCGCUACACUCCAACGUAAACAAGACGAAUGAAACAUUCAAUUCUAUUGUCAUUCAUGCGUUCAGCCAAUCAGAAGGUUGAUAAGUCAAUCGGUCAGUUGGCUAACCAGACUGUCAAUCAGUCAACAAUCAAUGAGUCAGUUGGUCAGUCAGCCAGUCAGUCAGUUUGGCGGUCAUUCUGUUAGUCAGUCAGUCACCCAUAAAAAAGUAGAUAAUUUGGUUUUAACAACCGAUUUGAUGACGUUAACCGGCCAUCGUGAAGAGUUUCUGAGACUGACGUUUUCCUUAGAGCUAAUGCUCGAAAUAUCAGCUGCAGAAACUCUUUACGGUGGCCAAUGAACAUUAUCAACUCUGAGUUGAUUAAACCAAACUGUCUUGUAAUGCUCUCCACCGUCUCAGCACCACAGUUUCUUUCAAAACUUAGCCCCUUAAUUAAUGAAAAAGUAUCAUUGACUUUACCUUCAGGCUGUUUCAAAAGGAUAGAUGCCACAGCAUCAUGCCAAUUGUUGGCGAUGAAAAUUUUACAUUGUGACAAAAUACUGUUGGAAGUAUGCAGGCAUAAAUUACCGGGCUAUCAUUAUAAGCGGCGGACAUACGCACGUUUACGCGAACUAAUCCCAAUGAGCGCUCUACGAAUUGUCAGUUAUUUUGUGGCUGUCGAACAUGUAACUGCUCGGUUUAUGUUGGAGUAUUUAAAUAAGCUUUUUUGACCUAGACUCAUCGUUACAUACAUAACAGUGGUUUUCUUUCGUAGCACGUAAGACUGCGGUUGCGAUGUCUUUGAAGCUCGAUAAAAACCGUGUACCGAUGGGAACCAUACAUGGAAUCUUCACGAAACUAAACAGCCACAAACUGGAAAUGUUGAUUUGGGUCAUUCUACACAACAUGUGUGAGUUUUUUUUUAGUGCUUCUCCUAGUCGUUGAUCUAUCUAGGAUUUUGCAUGUCCAUUUGUGGAUACUAAAACUAACGUAAAAUAAAGACUUCCUCUUUAUUUUUAAUCUCACAGCGCCUCUCUCAAUUCAUAAGUAAACCUGGGUACAGGUUAGCCUAUAUCCUAUACUUCUAAGACGGUUUUUUAGACCCGGAAGCUGACAUUAUUUAUUUCACGCCCAUAUGCUUCGGAUGAGAGGUCAAAAUGUGGUAAGAACAUCGGUGACACUUCUGACUGCACUUCGUGUGCCACUUUUUUGUUCAUACUUUGACGUCAUCUGUGAUCUAUUACUAAACAGACGCACUGCAGAAAUACACCACAUUUUCUUUAAUCUUUUUUCGUUUCAGUGUCCGUAGAAACAUGCGCUCAGCGAUUUUUUUCCUUCGAGUCCUUCAAGCUUGGACCUGUUUACACAGUGCAAAACAUCAUAGCAGGCACAGUAGAAGGAUUUAACCCGUUACAAGAUGUCCUGGUGACAGGUAAAAUAUAUUUAAUGCACAUCAAUAUAUUACGCGCAACGAAAUUGAUAAAAUUGCAAAUAUAAGAUUAUCAACUUUUUCCAUAUGUGGUCCAAUAAAUGAUUUUUCGUAGUCACGUUUCGUUAAAGAUUGAGUGAUAUUCUUAUGCACGGCCAAAGCACUACAAGGUAUGCGCUUAGAUUCAAGCAUAAAAAAUGGAUGAAACCAGAUGAAAACCAUGCGAUUCUUUCCUAUUUGCAGGAAACUUGGAUAAGAGUACGGAGUCCAUGGUGUGCAAGAUUGAGCCAUUGAAAAUAUUGAAACAACACGCGGAAGCUGAAUUAAAGACGUUUAAUACACCAAAGGAACGUGUAGAGGACAUUACCGAGAUGAUUUUGUCGAUGUGUGUGCCCUGCGUUGAAAGGAGUGAGGUUGAUGAAGAUUGGGAAGACUCAGUUUGUUCAAAGAUAAAAAAUUUAUUUGCGGAGAGUAAGAAGCCGCUUCGUUUGCCUCUUGGAGGAUACGAAGAAGCCAUACAAAUGAAAUUUGAAGGAGAAAGUGCGUUGUUUUCGAAUGAAACUGCGGAAGAGAUGAAGCGCACACUUAAAGCUCAUUACAUGCUGGCGGGAGGCCUUACAGAUGACUUUCAAAGAUUGUCCGAGGAGCUGAGAGAGAGAGAGGAAGAACAAAUUUGCAUUGUACACGAAGACAUAGAAACAAGAGACAGUCAUUUCCAA